AUCCAAAAAUUAAGAAAUCUCAGUUACCAAAAUAAGUAUAAAUAGCUUAAAAAUAAUCAUUUAAUUGUUAAAACUUGUCAAUACCUAACUUCUGCCCAAAAGUGGUUUUCAUAUAUUUUUGGAAAACUGGAACAGAUUUUCCUCCCAAAGAAGAAGUUUAUUGGAAUUAAAGCAUUUUAUAAGCAUAUACCAGAAUUUCGACAAAUAGGAUUAGGUUCUUUCGAAUUUAUUCCCCAAAUAAAAAAAAAAAAAAAGAAAAGAAAAGCAAAGAUAAAAUGGGAACCUCCGAGAGAAAAACACACACGGCAGAAUUCAUCUUGAUUCUCUUGCUCCUUUCUUUAAAACCACACCGCCUCACUUUUUCUUCAUCCACCACCACCAGCACCACCAUCAUCAUCAUUAAACUCACGCCCACAGACUUCACUCUCAUUCAAUUCAUUUCUUGCAUGCAUAUCGAUUGUCGCCAAUCACCACCAUCUCCAGUCGUCGCUCAAUCAAUACCAUCGUUCGUCGUUGCAAGCAGCGACCACACAUUGCCGUAGCUGAAUACGCACGCGUACACAGUGAACUGCCAAACCUAGCGCUCGUGCUUGCUGGAUUGCUGUUGUGGAUCUUAUCCCGUUCGCCUGGUCAGCUCCAGGAAGUCUACUUGGAAUAGUGACUAAUUCACCUAUGGACAUUGGAGGGAUCGUGUUGGGUUCCUUUUUGGCUUCAUCCUUUCAGGUCUUAUUCGACAAGUUGGCUUCUUCCACAUUAGGUUAUGCACAACAUAAAGGAAUCAGCACUACCUUGCCUAAGGAGUGGAAGGAGAAGCUAGUCAUAAUCAAUGCAGUGUUGGCUGAUGCAGAGGACAAGGAACUUAGCGAUAACCAUCAAGUGAAGCUGUGGCUGGACAAGGUUAAGGACUUGGCCUAUGACAUGGAAGACUUGCUCGAUGAGUUUGAGAUCAAAGCUACUCAGGUUGAGUUAGAGGCAGAAUCUAGCACAAGCAAAGGUUUGGGGAAAUGGAAGUCUGUAUUUAGCCGACCACCCUCGCUCAUGUCUGAAACCAAGGUACAAGAGAUCAAUGGCCGGUUGGAAGCGAUUGUCACUGAAAGGCUCAUCUAAACUUGAGAGAGAAUGUUGUGGACAAAUCCAACUACACUAGCAAAAGGAUAACCACUUCUCUAUCAGAGCCUCAGUUUUUUGGUAGGGAGGAGGAAGUAGAACAAAUACUCGAACUAUUGAUCAAUGAGGUCAAAAAUUCUGAUGCCACAUUCAGUAUAGUCCCCAUAAUUGGGAUGGGAGGUAUUGGAAAGACAGCCUUGGCUCAACAGCUGUAUAAUGAUGCCAAAGUGAAUAGAUGUUUUGAGAUGAGAGCAUGGGUUUGUGUUUCAGAUGUUUUUGAUGUUCUCGACAUAACAAAGACUAUUUUGCGGUCAAUUACUGGGUUGCCCUACGAGGGCAAAGAUCUAAACGAGUUUCAAGUUAAGUUGAGGGACAAUCUUUUUGGAAAGAAGUUUCUUGUGGUUCUAGACGAUAUCUGGAAUGAGAAGUACGAAAAAUGGACUGACCUCUUAAAGCCAUUUGUAGUGGGUGCUAGGGGAAGCAAGAUUAUUGUUACGACUCGCAACGAUGCUGUUGUUUCAGUAACAAAAGCACCGCCAAUUCCUUUGAAGGAAUUGUCCCUCGAUGAUUGUACAAGCUUAUUAGCCUUUCAUGCUCUUGAAGCAACAAAUUUUAAGAGCCACCCGGAAUUUGAAACAAUAGGCAAGAAAAUAGCUAAAAGAUGUAAAGGUUUACCUUUGGCAGCGAAGAUGUUUGGCGGUGCCCUACGUAAUAAAAUGAAACCCAGUGAAUGGGAAGAUACCUUAAAUAACUUAAUAUGAGAUCUUCCAACGACAAAGAAUGAUGAGGUUCUCCCUAUUAUGAAAUUGAGCUAUGUCCAUCUUCCUUCCUAUUUGAAGAGAUGCUUUUCUUAUUGUGCGGUAUUUCCUAAGGAUUAUGAAAUUGAGAGGGAUGAGCUAGUACUCUUAUGGAUAGCGGAGGGAUUUUUAGAUGGACAAAAAACAAAGAAAAAUAAGUUGGAAUUAGGAUGGAAUUACUUUGAUGAAUUAGUAUCUAGAUCAUUUCUUCAAAAAUCAAGUGUUGACACAUCUAAGUUUUCAAUGCAUGAUCUUUUGAAUGAUCUAGCAAAGUCAAUUGAGGGUGGGAUAUGCUUUAGCACUGGGGAGUCUCAGCUAGCAAUUAAUGAAGAUUAUGCAUCUCUUGAGAGAGCUCGUUAUGCAUCAUUCAUCUGGUCGCAGUUUGUUACAUCAAAAUGCUUGAGGCCAUAUCAUGAUAUGAAGGUAUUAAGAAGUUUAAUUCUAGUGCGUAUUGGACCUAGUGGCAACUCUCUCCUUAUAUCCGACAAGGUGCUACAUGACUUGCUAACAAACUUGAAGUUUCUUAGGGUGUUUUCAUUAUGUCAUUGUCGCAUCGUAGAGGUACCGAAUUGUGUUGGUGAAUUAAAACAUCUUCGAUAUCUCAAUUUCUCAAACACUUCUAUCAGAAGGCUACCUAAGUCAAUUGGUGACUUGUGUAAAUUACAAGCUUUGAUCUUAAGAGGUUGUCAUCAGCUUUCAAAGUUGCCUCAUGGUAUCACAAAGUUGGUCAGCUUACAGUUUCUUGAUGUUAGAGAUACAGAAAGUCUAAAAGAGAUGCCAUUGGGUAUCAAUAACUUGAAGAAUCUUACUAUCUUGUCCAAGUUUGUGGUAGGAACAGAGAAAGGGCUACAGUUAAAGGAGUUAAAGAACUUGUCGCAUCUUCAAGGAGAAUUAUUCAUAUUGAAAUUACAAAAGGUGGAAGAUGUUAGAGAUGGUGUUGAUGCUAAUUUGUUUGGAAAGCAAGGCCUAAGAAAAUUAUUCUUGCAUUGGGAUAAAGAUUUUGGAAUUCUUCGGAAUGAUAAGCGCGAAUCACGGGUGCUUGAGUCUUUGCAACCUCCCAUUGAUAUUGAAAAUCUCACUAUUUUGAACUAUGGUGGUGCAAUAUUCCCGUCAUGGUUAGAUGGUUCAUCAUAUUCUCGGAUAGUGUCUUUGAGCUUGUGGAACUGUCCUUAUGUCACAUCAUUGCCUUCAUUUGGACAACUACCUUCAUUGAGAGAAUUAUCUCUUAAAGGUCUAAAUGCAGUAAGAAUAAUAGGCUCUAAUUUUUAUGGAGGUGAUAGGCCUUUUUCUUCCUUAAUUACUUUGCAGUUCGAAGAGAUGUUGGCAUGGAAGGAUUGGUCUCCUUAUGCAGGGGGGCCAAAAGAAGAAGUCCCAUUCUCCUGUCUUGAGCAUCUUAUUGUCCGGAGCUGUCCUUCGUUGGUCAAGACAUUGCCUUGUCAACUUGAUCGUCUUAUAAAGCUUGAAAUUCAUUCAUGCCAACAAUUGAAUAACUCAACCAAUGAGUUAUGUCUUCCAUCUCUCGAUGAGUUAUACCUUGGGGAUUGUAGUAAGGAGAUCUUAAACAGGUUGUUCAAGCUAACUUCUUUGACCAUUCUCGAAAUUUACAAUCUCGUAGAUCUUGUUAUCUUUGAUCAUCGGUUUAUGAGCUGCUUGGGCAAACUAAAGAGGCUUUGCAUAGAACUAUGUGACAAGCUAACAUUUCUGUGGUGGGAUGGAGAUGAAACACGAAAUCUCACUUGCCUCCAGGAAUUAGUCAUUAUAAAAUGUCCUCGAUUCAUAUCUUUUGUGGCAAGAGAAAGAGAGAUAGAGCUACCAUGUAAUCUUGAAAGGAUGGAAUUGGUGGAUUGCACAAGUUUAGAAAAGCUUCCAAGCAAAAUGCACGCACUUAGACAUUUGGUGAUUGAGAAUUGUCCAAAAAUCAUGGCUCUAAACAUUCCUCAAGGUGACCCUAGCAACAAUAAUUCGAUUUCUCAACUUGAAUCUUUUAAGAUACGUCACUAUUAUGCUUCUCCGAUAUCCUUUUCAUUUGCCAAGGGUAGACUUGCUGCUCUGAAGGCACUUCAUAUAGACAAUUGUAAGGGAGUGGAGUCGUUGGAAGGGAUUGUCGUAGAAUCGCUUGAAAUAAUGACAAUUAACGAUUGUCAAAUUAUGGGAAGCUUACCACAAUGCCUUCACAUGCUCUCCCAUCUCACUCGAUUGCAUAUUUAUAAUUGUCCAGCAUUGGAGAUAGAGGACUUCCCUCCCCUUCCCGUAACCCUCUCGAGUCUUGUUCUUAAUCAUUGUUCUAAGAUAAAGUCUAUUGCCAACUGUAACAUUGCCAACUGUAACAAUCUCACUGAAUUGGAAAUAUGGGAGUGUCCGAUAUUGGAGAUAGAGGACUUCCCACCCCUUCCCAUCACCUUGCAGAGGCUUAAACUUUGGGAUUGUCCGAUGAUAAAGUCCCUGCCAAAUAAGUGGCAUCAUCUUACAUCCCUCCAAGAGCUAUUAAUUCUCGUUUGCCAAAAUAUCAAAUGCUUACCCAAAGGAGGUUUGCCUCCCAAAUUGCGAAAGCUUGUUAUUUCGGGGCUCGUGGAUCUAAAGCAACCAGUGAGAGAGUGGGGCUUACACCUGCUCACAUCUCUCGAGAGUCUGAUCAUUGAGUUUAACAUGGGAGGGGAGGGAGAGAAGGAGUGGUUUCCUUCGGAGGAUGAGGAUGCUUGGAGUCUCUUUCCUUUCUCUCUAACCUAUCUUUCGAUAUAUGAUUUGAGAAAAGCGAAAAGACUAUCGAGCGGCCUUCGCAACCAUCUCUCCUCUCUCAAGUAUUUAACGAUUGCAAAGUGCCCCAAGUUGAGGUACUUGCCGGAGGAUGGCUUCCCUCCCUCCCUCCAACAAUUGCGCAUAUAUCGAUGCAAGAUUUUGAAAGAGCGAUGUGCAAAACUCACUGGCAACUAUUGGCCCCUCAUCGAAGAGAUCCCUAAUAUCGAGAUUGAUGACUAGCCGAUCUACACUACAGUCAGUUUUCUUAGGGAUCGGAUACCAUUGUGAUCUUGCAUUGGCAGAAUCUCUUGGAAGGAUCAUGUGCUAACGCUGCUAAAGGAGUUCCGGAACAAAAUGUUCGAGCUGACAUGGGUUCUUUUGGUGUAACCGGAAAUCUUGCACUUCAACCAAUUUGUAUCUUGCCCGAAUUUGGAUGUGGUUGAGGCGCUUAUUCAAGGUCUGGUCUUGUUCCACGGAGCAAUUCUAAUGGUUAGUCACGAUGAGCAUCUAAUAGCUAGAAGCUUGGAUGAGGUCUGGUGGUUUCACAAGGCAAGGUGGCACCUCCCAUGGGAAUUUCUAGGACUACAGAAAUGUACUCUAGUUUUUGUUGAAUCAGGAGGUCAGAUAAGCAGAGUUGCAUCUACCAAGAUAACUUUCAAGAAAUGUCACAUGGUUUUGCUUGACAAGCCAUCUAAUCAUUUGGUUAGUCACGAUGAGCAUCUAAUAACUGGAAGUGCAGACGAGCUAUUGGUGGUUUCUUAAGGCAAGGUGGCGGCUUUCCAUGGGAAUUUCCAGGAUUGUAAGAGUUUGGAUGUCCUGAGGAUAUCUCUGGGGUUAUUCUGUUCAUCAUCUGCACCAAAAGUGGAGGACAAACAUCCCGAAAUGAAGUAGAAAUUGGUUGAGUACGUACAAUCUCCUAAUGCAGCAUCUGUGGAUCAAUUUGAUUAAAUUGUUCUGGGACCCCAACUCUGAACACAUCAAUCCGGAUUCAAAAUUCUUUAAUUCCAAUUAAAAGCAAACUAGGUUACGUGGCUUUGAUCUGGCCUGUAUUGAAUGUAGCACUUUCAGCUAUAUUUAAAUUCGCAUCCUGUGAUGCAGUAGCGACUGAUUUGUCAAAUAAGCUACGGUUAUGGCUUAAACCGAGUAAUUCAUAGCAGGUAUGGAACUCUUAUGGGAACCUCUACAGGGUCUAUUCACUUUUUCUAUCCUUCGUUAUGAAUGGUUAAGGCAAAGAUUUUCUCA